CUUUAAUGGAGUUUUGUCCUAGUCUCACCUGACCACUUUCUCAAUCAGCCGAUCAAAUUAACUAGUCUGUAAUUAAUCAAUGGCUGGAAUGCUCCCCGGAGUCGAGGCUGCCCGGAGACGAAGAUUCCACCACACCUCUGCUACUAAUCAUUCUCAUUCCCAAACUACUUCUUCUUCUUCUUCUUCUUCAGGCUGCUGCACCAGACGCUCCUCUGCUUUCUGCCUCUACGCCAUUAGAGGCUAUCUCACCUUCAAUUCCUCUACGGUAGUGCAGACGACGACGACGACGACUAAGGGAACAUUAAUAAGCAGCAGUAGUAACGAUGAGAGUGGCAGUGAACUUUGUGGAGCUGCCAGAGAAGCCAAGAAGAGGCUCGAUCAGAGGUUACAUAUUCUACAUCUACACACAUCUUCCAAUUCUCAACCAGAAAGCUUUGCGGAAUCGAAAGCUGCUAGUUAUCUUGGAAGGCCAUUAUUAAUUCCAAAGGCGAAGAAGAAGAAAAAUUGGCUAAAUUUAACGAGAUGGAAGUCGUCGGCGUCGUCAGAGCAGGAGGAGUGCGCAGUGUGCCUUGAGCUAUUGCAGGGCGGGGGGCGAGGCAACACGACGGUAAUGCAGGUGCCGUGCGGGCAUCGGUUCCACACCGAGUGUCUUAUGCCAUGGCUUGAGGGCCGCGGGAAUGCACAUUGUCCAUGUUGUAGGAUGGAAAUUUCGACUUAAUUUAGAAUAUGUUUAUUUGUACUUCAUGACUUUUUGUGAGUGGAUAAAAUAUACUCCCUUCGCCCCUUAAAUAAGUAUUCGUUUGUUUUUUACACGUAGUUUAAGAUAUAUUAGUAUUAUAUUAAUAUGUAGUAGGAAUAAAGUAGAAAAAACUAAAAUAACCUUAUUAGUAAUGCGUGAUAUAAAUGUAAU